AUGAAAAAACUCCAAGGAUCUAAGUUUGAUGUCAUUCUCGCAGAUGCCAUAGGUCCCUGUGGUGAGCUGCUGGCAGAACUGCUUAAGACACCUUUGGUAUACAGUCUCCGCUUCUGUCCUGGAAACAGAUAUGAAAAGUACAGUGGGGGGCUUCCACUCCCCCCUUCCUAUGUGCCUAUGGUUCUGUCAGAAUUAAGUGACCAUAUGACAUUUGUGGAAAGGGUGAAGAAUAUGUUACAAGUGCUGUAUUUUGACUUUUGGUUCCAAACAUUUAAUGAGAAGUCCUGGAGUCAGCUUUACAGUGAUGUUCUAGGGAGACCCACUACAUUAACUGAGAUGAUGGGGAAGGCAGACAUAUGGCUCAUUCGAACCUUCUGGGACUUGCAGUUUCCUCACCCUUUCUUGCCUAAUUUUGACUUUAUUGGAGGAUUCCAUUGCAAACCAGCCAAACCACUGCCUAAGGAAAUGGAAGAAUUUGUUCAGAGCUCUGGAGAACAUGGUGUGGUGGUGUUUUCUCUGGGAUCAAUGGUUAAAAACAUGACAGAGGAAAGGGCCAAUGUAGUUGCUUCUGCUCUUGCCCAGAUUCCACAGAAGGUUCUGUGGAGAUUUGAUGGUAAGAGACCAGACACCUUAGGAUCCAACACUCGUCUGUACAAGUGGAUCCCCCAGAAUGACCUUCUUGGUCACCCAAAAACCAAAGCUUUCAUAGCUCAUGGUGGGACCAAUGGCAUCUAUGAGGCGAUCUAUCAUGGUGUUCCUAUUGUUGGUAUUCCCUUGUUAGCGGAUCAGCCUGAUAAUAUUAACCACAUGGUAGCCAAGGGAGCAGCUGUUAGAGUGGACUUCAACACACUGUCAGCUACAGACCUUCUCACUGCCUUGCGGACUGUCAUUAAUGACCCUUCCUAUAAAGAGAAUGCCAUGAGAUUAUCCAGAAUCCAACGUGACCAGCCAAUGAAGCCCCUGGACCGGGCUAUCUUCUGGAUCGAGUAUGUCAUGCGCAACAAAGGAGCCAAGCACCUUCGCCCAGCUCUGCAUGACCUUAACUGGUUCCAGUACCACUCUCUGGAUGUGAUUGGGUUCCUGUUGGUCUGUUUGAUAGCUGUGGUAUUCAUCAUCACAAAAUGUUGCCUCUUUUGUUGUCAUAAGACUGCUAAUAUGGGAAAGAAGAAAAAAGACUAGUUUCAAGAAGCCUGAAGCAAAGAUUCCUGAAAGAUGAGCCUCUGCCAGCUGCUUCCAGUGAGAACCUGUUGUCAGUCCAGGUGCCUUCCCUCUGAAACAGGAGAGUAUUAGGACUUCAUUCAAGAUAGCUCUCAUAAAUUCACUCUAUGUUGAAGACA